CUAUGCGUCGGUCGCUCUCCGGCUGCGUCACUUCUCGGCGCAGCAGCGCUUUGAUUAUUGUUCCAUCGGCGCGUUCAAACAGCACAGAGGAACCGGAGCGUCCAGCGGGGGAUACACGGUGAGGCGCUCUUCAGUGUGAAAACCGGUCGGUUGACUUUCCGUCCGGCUGUUCUGUUGCUGCCCGAGGACGUCCGCUAACGCCGAAGCUGCACCGCCGGCUGCCCCGGCCCCCUUCGCGCUCAACCCCUGCGCUAUGAGCAGAGGUAGAGGAGGGCCUCCCCGAGAACACUACUACCGACACCCGCCGCCUCAUUUACAGGCCAAGGAGGGCUACUACAGCCCUGGCCCGGCCCCACGCUUCCCCAGAGCCGGCCCGCAGCAGAUCCCACAUCCAGGUUACUACAGCGGUCCUCCCCACCCUGUAGCGCCCUCACAGCCCCCGUCUAUCAGCCCCUCUGCUCCCCCGGCCCUCCUUAAAGGCUUCCCUAAAUCUGUGGGCGCACACAACCAGAAUCCACCACAAACGCCCAAUUCCUUCCUUUACAAGCAGGCGGAGUUCCUCAGAGGACAUACUUCUGAGGCGCCGCAGUUUAGAAGCGGAGCUCGAGGAGGAGAAGGUGGAGGGUCGUCGGUGCCAGGCUGGCCUCCGAGUUCUCCAUACCAGCCCCAGUCAGGGUACGGCAGGUAUCCAGGCAGCAGCAGCAGCUCCGGUAGAGGUAGAGGAGGCUACAACCAAGACCAGAGCUACACAGGAGCCUCCAGAGGGCCUCGACACCUGAAUCAGAACCAGCAGUACGGUCCAAACCGCAGUCAGUACGCUAGCAGGCAAUGGGCCGACCAGCUGUGUGACGAUCUUCAGGGUUUGUCUCUUCAUCGAGACGGCAGAGGCGGCAGGUUCGACAGACACUCUUCCAGUUUUACCAAAGAGAGCAUCACUCUGACCCCGGCCAUACAGGAGCAGGUUCACAGGGCGCUGAAGCCAACCGAGAGCGUCUCCGCCAAAGUGUUGGCCAGGAAGCUGCACCUGCCCAAGACGGUAGUCAACAAGGCUCUGUACUCUUUGGAGCGCUUGGAGAAAGCCUCCAAGCGAGGAGUCACCCCUCCGGAGUGGACUCUGUUCAGAAAACCUCUCAGAAGCGAAGAAGAACCGGACUUCAGGCCUUCAAAUCUACGCGUCACUUUCGAGACGCCUCUCAAAGCUGAAGUCGAGCCGGAAGCAGAAAACAGCGUUCAAUCCAGAGAAGAGGAUUCGGAUACAGAAUCCAGCGUUUCCUUCAGCUCCUCUUCAGAGUCGGACGCCUCUGAGGAACCCAAGACACCAGCAGAAGGUCGGCACCACGAGAUUCCCAGCACUCCCAGCUCCCCCGACCAGGAGCUCAAAGCUGCUAUGAUGACGGACCAGAAGGAGAGCAUCCUGAAAUACCUGCUGGAUUCAGGGGAGGCGACGGCCCUCGUCAUCGCAAAGAACCUGGGUCUGCGGAACGCCAAGCAGGUCAAUCCCACCCUGUACGCCCUGGAGAAGCAGGGCGAGAUCACCAAGAAUGGAGAAGUCACCCCUCCCACGUGGGAGCUCUCAAACCGCCGCCGGGAGAGGAUGCAGAGGAGCCUCAAAGCCGCUCAGAGCGCCUCGGCCCUGGGCGAGAAGAUGGACGAGGAGCCCGGCAGAGACGAGAGCGCAGCAGGGUCGCCUCCAGCAGCGGUCCCAGGCCUGGAGUCCAUCCCUCUGCUGGGGGCCUGGAUGGCGGAGCAGAGUCACGGUGAAGCGCAGCCGUCUUUUCCCUCGUGUAAAGACGAGGAGCCCAACGAGGGGCAGUGGGCCACCGACGACAUCCCAGAAUUCCUCAACGCCAUCCGCAGGGAGACCGACGCCGAGAAGCUGGCGGCGGAGCAGGCCAACGCCGUGGGAACGGUCGCCGUGUCGCUGGCCGCCCCGCCGCCUCAGAACCUGUGGGCCAAACUGCAGGAGGUGAGGCUGAAGAACCCGGUCAGCGGCCUCAUGGAGUACGCCCAGUAUCUGGGCCAGAACUGCGAGUUCCUGCUCCUCGACCAAUCGGGACCCUCCCACGACCCGAGAUUCCGUAUGCAGGUGAUGCUCAACAACAGGCUGUUUCCCAUCGCGGAAGCUUCCAGCAAGAAGGUGGCGAAGAAGGAUGCGGCCGCUGCGACGCUCCGCAUCCUCAACGGGGAGAUGCAGGGAGGGUCGGCCAACGAGGAGAACACUGCCAGCGUGGACCAAACGGCAGAUUUACUUCCAGAUACCAGUGGCGCCGUCGAUAACAGCGGCGUUGAAGGGAUGGCGGAUGGACCUCGCCAGCCUCUGUCCCGAUCUCUACCCGGUGGGAAGAACCCGGUGUCUGUCCUGAUGGAGUACAGCCAGCGCAGCGGGAACCCCAUCGAGUUCAUCAUCACCGGGCAGGCAGGACCGCCACACGACCCGAGGUUCAUGUACAGGGUGAAGGUGGGAGAAAACCUGUUUGCAGAAGCUUCGGCUCCGAGUAAGAAGGCAGCUCGCCAGCUGGCAGCAGAGGAGGCCGUCAAGGAGCUGAUGGCUGACGGGAGGCUGCAGCUCAACAAGCCUCAGUUGCCCCUGGGCUCCUCCAGUGACAGCGACAGCGGCGCUUCGGGGACAACCUGCCCCUCGUUGCCUCCUCUGACUGCGGAUGAGCUGCGAGCCGCCCACGAGGCCGGAGUCGGAGACCUCAUCAACCACCUGAACAACAACGCCGUGUCGGGCCUCCUGGAGUACGCCAGAGCUCGAGGCUUCGCCGCCGAGAUCCGCUUGGUGGGACAGUCUGGACCGCCGCACGAACCAAAGUUCACCUACCAGGCCAAGCUGGGCGGACGCUGGUUCCCUCCGGUCUGCGCGUCCAAUAAGAAGCAGGGGAAGCAGGAAGCUGCAGACGCUGCUCUGAGGGUUCUGAUUGGAGAAGCUGAGAGGGCGGCUCGAACCGGGGAGCUCAUCCCAGCCGAGCUCCCGGUGAGCGGCAGCACUCUGCACGACCAGAUAGCGAUGCUGAGCCACCAGCGGUUCAACUCCCUGACCACCCGCAUCCAGCACAGCCUUCUGGGCCGCAAGAUCCUGGCCACCAUCGUCAUGAGGAGAGGCGAGGGCCUGGGGACCGUGGUCAGCCUCGGAACCGGAAAUCGCUGCGUUAAAGGGGAGGAGCUGAGCCUUAAAGGGGAGACGGUUAACGACUGCCACGCCGAAAUCAUCUCCAGGAGGGGAUUUGUUCGGUUUCUGUACAACGAGCUUCUCAAGCACUGCGACGGCGCGGACGACGGCAUAUUCGAGCCGGCCGAGAACGACAAACUGCGGAUCAAGUCUGACAUCACCUUUCACCUCUACAUCAGCACGGCACCGUGUGGGGACGGCGCUCUGUUCGAUAAAUCCUGCAGCGAAGCCGGAGAUGAAGUGGAGGGUCACCAGCCUCUGUUUGAGAACGCCAAGCAGGGGAAGCUUCGCACCAAAGUGGAGAACGGUGAGGGAACCAUCCCGGUGGAGUCCAGCGCCAUCGUUCCCACCUGGGACGGCAUCCAGCACGGAGAGAGGCUCCGGACGAUGAGCUGCAGCGACAAGAUCCUCCGCUGGAACGUUCUGGGCCUGCAGGGGGCGCUGCUCUCCCACUUCCUGCAUCCAAUCUACCUGAAGUCCAUCACACUGGGUUACCUGUACAGCCACGGUCACCUGACUCGUGCCGUUUGCUGUCGGCUGGCCAGAGACGGCGAGGCGUUCGCCCAGAGCCUGCCGUCUCCUUUCAGGCUGAACCACCCCGAGGUGGGCAGGGUGAGCGUUUACGACUCGACGCGUCACACGGGAAAAACUAAGGAGUCCAGCGUGAACUGGAGCUUCCCAGACCAGCACAGCGUGGAGGUUCUGGACGGCACCAAAGGACAGCUGGAUGGGAACAAACUGGCUGUGUCCCGGGUGUCCAAGUCCAACCUGUUCUGUCUGUUCCGCUCGCUGUGCCAGCGCCUCGGCAGGACCGACCUCCUCUCGCUGCCCUCCUACGCUCAGGCCAAGAUGGCGGCCCUGUCCUUCCAGCACGCCAAGCAGCAGUUCUUCCGGGCGCUCAGCGACCACGGCUACGGAGCCUGGAUCGGAAAACCGCUGGAGGAGAAGAGCUUCGAGGCCGACGAGGGCAACCUCCUCCACGGCGGAUUCGGGAACAGCAGAAACGGAGGAGCGACGGAGAUCAAGCAGGAGGAGUUUCAGUAGCAGAGAGCGGGAAAAAAAGCACAAAGCAGAUACAGGAGAAGGACAAUCAAAGUGAGUGUGGCUAACGGCUGCAGAGGAGGAGCGAUGGGACAGGACGAGGCGAACUCUGGAGGCUCCACGGGGUGUACAGAACAUCGCACACACUAAACGGGAAUCAGACGCCGCUUUAGCGUCCUCAACAGUUAGCAUCCUUUCUACGGUUUCUUUCAUCGCCAUUUUUCCACUCUGCUGCCACCAAACAAACCCGGAUCGUCUCGCCUGUUUUCUGCCCGCCACAUUUUCGAUUCAAGCUUUCUAUUUUCCACUCCCCGCUGCAUGGAAAUCAAAAAGGACGUGGAGCCGGAGCGACGGAAAACUGCACCGACCUUCCUCCAGACGUCACCUCUGACAUUAGUGGCUGUGUAAACUCUUUCACUGUGCGGAGGGAGAACUUGUGCUGCGAGUCGGGCUUUUCUCAGUUCAACUAGCUGUUAAAAUAAAAAAUAAAACACCCGCGGUCUGUCCACAUGUUGUUGCCAUGGUUUCAGCGUAGCGUCGGUCGGUGCAGCCCUUCCAUCUGUCCCGUCAUUCGUCUGUGCUUUCGAGCUUUUAUAUAGAAUUACUGAUGUCACCAAAUCCGAGAAGAAGUAGUAAUACCGUGUGCGUGCUUUCGUCGUUUCGUCAAGUGUUUUUUUUUUCUUCCCCUUCUUCUGUUCUGUCAAAGCGGUCGUCAGGAGCUCGCCGUGCCGCCGACUCCCCGGAAGCCUCACUGUCCUGCCUGCAUCGGUUUUGUUUGUUUGUUUGUGUUUUGGUUUUUUUUACAUCUUUUAAAUUCAAAAAGGCUCCCGGGUUUGAUCUGCGGCACGGCUGGCUCACUGAGGACGCUUCUGAGAGCCGUCUGUCGUUGAUUUGGACGGAUGAUGCAGUAUAUACAUGAGGUGUACGCAGAUACAUGAACACACAGGUGUGCAGUGGAGGCCCAAAGUCUGAUCGUUUCUUUCAGUUUUUUUUUAACACUGUGGAUGUGCUUUUUUUUUUUUUUUUUUUUAAAGCUUUUUAAUCGAGCUGCAACGGUUUCAUCAAUUAAUGUCAACCAGAGUCGAUUUGGUGUUUGAUUAACCUUUUUUGUUUUUUAAGAGAAAAGGUCUCUGAUUCCACUUUUACUCUUCUGGGACAGCAAAUUGAUUAUUUUUGUUUUUGUGUGACAGAAGACAUUCGCAGGCGUCGCUUUGGUGCUUCGGGAAACGACACUUUUCACGGUUUUCUGGUGUGUGUUUUUUCUUUCAGACCAAACUAAUCGAUUCACGAGGAGAAGCUAUGCAAGUCAGCAGCACACUGUAACGCUCGAGACGGUUUCGUUUCGACUCAAAAUAAAUCUUUUCUUUCCGCCGGAGUUUAAGGUGAUCGGCGGGAAAUUCAUGUUUUCAUUUUUACAAUCUACAGCUGUAAUAUACAGAAAAGAUAUGCAUACAGUUGAUAAGAACCUGAUAUAAUAUGCACAUAAGAGACGGACUUACUGGAAAAGCAAUAGACAGUUUUUGUUGCAUUUUUUACUCAUUUUUAUUUGUCAUGUCUUGAAUAAAAAGCUUUAAAAAAACAGCAAGAAAUGUCGUAUUUGUUUAGUUUUUACCGUUAAAGCGAGCAGACUCCUGGACUCCACUGUGCACCAAAAAAGGAUAUUUGAAUAUUCCGCUGUAAAUACAGUUUGCCUGUGUGUGUGUAUUUGUGUAGGUUUAAUGUAUAUAUUUUGUAAAUCAUCUAAAUUUUCUUUAUUUCUUUUUUGUUUUGUUCCUGGUGUUUUUGAUUAAAUUGCAAAUGGAAGACGCUGUUUGUUUGUUUUUUUACCAAUAAAUUUUGAAAAGUAAAAUGA